AUGAAUGGAGCUGGUAACACAAACCUUUGGAAGAACAUCCCACACAAAGAAAGACAUACUAAAUGGUUCUUCUUGUACUUCGGAUACACAAAAUUGUAAUAGAAAGCUUAUUCAUAUGUUAAAUGGACAGAUGGAGAGGAUAGUUUGAAGUAUGACAAUGUUAAUCAUUACUUUGCACCUUAAUUCUUUGUAUUCGUAGGCAGAGAUAAGCACUACCCAGGAUUCAGUGGUAAAUUAGCCUAUGUUAACUUUAAUGUUGGACAAGGAUCAUUCAGAGGAGAAAAUGACUUCAAACAUCCUAAAGAUGUAUUCGGGUUUGAAAUCGGAUAAAACAAAUUAUUGGACUCAAAGAGAGGUGAUUUCAAUCCAAGAGAAUUACAAAAAGGUUAAGCACUUUAGAAUGACUUUGAAAAUGAUAAGCCUACAAUUGAAAGAGACGAGUAAUCAGGAGACUUGCCAUUUGAGGAAUAUGGUUACGGAUUCUGGAUGAGAUUCUUGACUGCCUAUCCAAAGAGAUUAAUAAGUGGUAAGAAUGCUCCUUGGUACUUCUUGUCCAGAUUGACAUACAAUGAUAAAUACUAAGAUGCUGGUAUGGGAGAUAGAACAUUAGCCAUUUGGUAAGGAUAAGGAUACUACCAUUUCACAACUUGCAAUAUUGCCCCUGCUAAUGUUAAUUUAAUUCAGAAUGUCAAUUUCCCAGAGGAUAUUGAAGGAUUAUGGACAUUUGUUUAUUACUCAUACAGUGUAGAUGAAAACAAGGCUAUAGCAUUUAUCAAAUAUGGUGAUGGAGAUGUUCAAUCAAUUACUCACAAGACAACACAUCCAGCUGUGAAAUUCUUGAAAUUCAUAUUAGGUGGAAAUGACAAUAAGAGAUACCCAGGAUUCAAUGGUUAAUUCAGAACAGUGACAUUCUCAACAAGAUCUGGUGCUUAUGUUGAUAAAUUGGAUACAAUUAAUGAUUAUUUGAAAACAAACCCAAGUCCAUCAACAUUAAUUCCAUUAUAAUCAAAUCAAAUCAUCAAAGAUCCAGUCUAAAGAUAAGCUGGAGAUGACUUAGUAUAAAGAAGAUUUGGAGGUGACGAUAACAAAUUCCCAUUAGAAUAUUCAUACAGUGGAUGGUAUAAAUGGGUUGAUGGACCUAAUCUUAACGCUUGGUAUAACUUAUUCAGAGUAACAAUCAAAGACCCAUCAACAGAUUAGUUCUUAGGAGAUAGAACAUUGUCAGGAUGGAUUGGAUUUGGUAACUUGCAUGUACCAACCUAUACAUAUGCUAACAUGAAUGGUGCUGGUAAUGUUAAUCACUGGAAGAACAUUGAACACAAGAACAGAAUCUUCAAAUGGUUCUAUGUAUACUUUGGAUAUUCAAAGAAAGACUAAUUGGCAUAUGCCUGGGCUCAAUGGUCAACAGGAGAGAAGGAUUCUUAAUCAUGGGAUAAAUGCAAUCAUUAUUUGGCUCCAGAUUUCUUCGUGUAUGUUGGAAGAGAUAAGCAUUUCUAAGGUUUGAAUGGUCAAUUGGGAGCAAUCAAUUUCAAUUUGGGGGACAAGGAUCAUUCAGAAAGGGAGAGUGAUUUCACUCACGAUGAAGAUAUUUUCGGAUACAAUGCAGCAUUCACAAAGAAAUAACCAGCAUAAUUCAAUUUGGAUAGCAGAGUUGCUAAAGUGUUAACAUCAACAGUUGAAUAAAAGGAGCCAACAUUCACAAAGAAUUUCAAUGCAGAUGAUGUAGACAAUGUUAGUGAAUAUGGUUAUGGAUUUUGGUUGAGACAUUUGAAUAAUGUUCAUCCAGUUCCAAUGAAUAGAGGUAUUUAAGUUGAUUGGACAUUUGUGGCUAGAUUGAGUAAGAAUGAGAAGUUGGCUGAUAUUGGUUUGGGUGAUAGAGUAUUAGCAAUAUGGUAAGGAAGAGGAUACUAUCAUUUCACUACAUAUAAUGGUGGAAAUCCAAAUAAUGUGAACAAUGUCAAUUUCCCAUAAUUAUUGGAUGGUCUCUGGACAUUUAUCUACUAUUCUCAUAAUUUGGAUAAGAAACAAUCAAUUUCAUUUGUUAAAUUUGGAGAAGCUGAUAUUAUUAAGAAUGUCAUUGCAGCUGAACACUUACCACCCUUAUUACUUAAAUUCUAUUUAGGAGGACAACACUUAGUAUACAAAGGAUUCAAUGGUCAAUUCUCAGAUGUGAUUGUGUCUGCAAACAAAGGUGUAUUCAUUGAGAAUAUCGAUGAUAUUAAGGCAUUACUAGAGAAAGUAGAAUAACCAGCUACCUAUGUUCUUGAUGUCAAGACUAAAUAAGUGAUUGUAAAAGAAGCCAUAUUUAAUGACAAGACAGAAUAGAAGGAAAUAGUUUAUGAUGAUUUGGCAUUAGCUCCAGAAUACUCUUGGAGUGGUUGGUUCAAAUGGACAUUCAUUCCAAAUCAAUAAGCUUGGCAUCUAGGUGUUCGUGUGAGUACUUUGUAAUCAAGUGAAAAUCUGUCAUUCUUGGGUGAUAGAUCAUUGUGCAUGUGGGUUGGAUAACCAGAAGGAGGUAUUUUACACUUUGCUACUUACAACUACUAAAAUAUUUAUGGAGGUGGUAAUGCUAAUUCAUGGUAGAAUGUUAAACAUAAUGAUGAUCAUGCAAGAUGGCACUUUGUUUAUUUCGGAUACUCCAGAAAUACUAGAUAAGCAUAUGCAAGAGUUGAAUUUAGAGGAAGAUUAGAAGAGAGACCUUACAAGGAUCACAAUCAUUUCAUUGCUAAUGCUUAUUCAUUCUAUGUUGCUAAAGAUAAAUGGCAUGCUGCAUAUAGUGGUGUCAUUUCAACUUUGAGAUUCAAUGUUGGCGAUGGAGUAUUCAGAACUGCUGAAUAUGAAAAGGCUAAAGAUGAUAUUCAUGGAUAUGAUUCAGGAAGAGCAUUGUACUUCAAGGAACUACCAAAAGUAGAUCUAGAGAAAGAUUUGUAGAAAGGUGGUUUGGAUUCACCAUAAAAUGGUAAGGAUCCGUUGAUCACAAGAAAAUUGUCAGGAGCAGAACUUGAAGACAAUGUUGAAUUUGGUUAUGGUUUCUGGUUGAGAUUCCUUACUCAAUAUCCAAUUGCUUUGAAACAAGGAUUGUAACCACCCUGGUCAUUUAUUGCCAGAGUCACUAGAAAUCAAGAUUUGGGAGAUGCCAGAUUAGGAGAUAGAUUAUUGGCUAAUUGGUUCAAUAGUGCCAACUAUUAUCACUAUUGUACAAAUGAUGGAGGAAAUGUUAAUUCAGUUCAAAAUAUCCAAACUGGUUAAGAUAUAGAAGGUGUCUGGACAUAUUUGUUCUUUGCUCAUAGUGAUGCUGUUGAUUAAUCAGUUGGUUUCUUGAAGAUUGGUGAUAAAUUGUAGAAGAUUGUAACAUAAUCAGUAAUUCCAGUUCCACAAUUCUUACAAUUCUACUUAGCAGGAUCAUAACUCAAUUAUCCAGCAUUCAAUGGUCAAUUUGCUCAUGUAGUAUUCUCUGCUGGAGAAGGAAUUUUCAAGAAGGAUGAAGCUCAAUUCAAUGCUUGGUUAUAAUAAUUUGAAAAACCUGCCUAAUUCAAUACCAAUUUGGUUACUAAGCAUGUAAUUGAAGACCCUAAGGAAUUCAAAUAAGAUACUCCAUCAGAUGAAAUUAUUUAUGAAGACUUAGCUCUAGUUGGAGAAUAUUCUUGGUCAGGAUGGUUCAAAUGGACUCCAACAGUGUAAUAGCCAUGGCAUUUGAUGGUCAGAUUCUCAAUCCACUAGGCUUCAGAAAACAUAUAAUUCUUAGGAGAUAGAACACUCAAUGCAUGGGUCGGAUAAGGAUACUUCCAUUUCACAGCAUACACAUAUGUUAAUCUUAAUGGAGGUGGAAAUGUUAAUCAAUGGUAGAAUAUCAAUUAUGAGAAUGAUCACACAAAAUGGCAUUUCAUCUACUUUGGAUAUUCAAAGGUCCAAUAAUUGGCUUAAGCUAAAGUGGAAUUCAAGAAUAGAGUUGCAGAAUUGUCUUACAAGAAUACAAAUCAUUAUUUACCAAAUAAGAUAUCAGUUUAUGUUGCAAGAGACAAAUGGCAUGCAGUCUACAGUGGUAAUAUCGGUCAUUUAAGAGUCAAUGGAGGAAAUGGGGCAUUCAAUCCUACAGGUUAUGGUGAUGCUAAAGAUGAUGUCUUCGGAUAUUAGAUUGGAAAGGAUGCAUUUUUAGAGAAGGAAGCACCAGUAGAUGAAUUGAGAGAAUAAGAAAUAUUAGAUUCUGCAUUUAAUCAAGAGAAGCCAGUUCUUUAAAAAGAAUUCAAGGAAGCUGACUUAGAAGGAGUCUCAGAAUAUGGUUAUGGAUUCUAUUUCAGACAUUUGGAAUAAUAUCCAGUUUAAAUGAGAGAUGGUAGAUUGGCACCAUAUUACAUCAUGUCAAGAUUAUCAUGGAAUAAGGAUGAAGGAGAUAUCAGAAUGGGAGAUAGAUUAUUGGCAGUCUGGUAAGAAUAAGCAGCAAUAUUGUUCAUAACCAAUGAUUUACCAGGAAAUCCAAAUCUCUUGUCUAGAAUACCAGUUGCUGAAAGAGAAGGAGUUUGGACAUUCUUAUACUUCAGUUAUUCAUUGGAAGAUUAAUUGGCUGUUGGUAUAUUGAAGUUUGAUGGUAUUGAUGAAGUAUUCCACACAUCAAUGAAAUGUAACCAUGGUAAAAGAAGUUAUUUGAGAUUCACUUUGGGAUCUGCACCUCCUCAUUUCUAUCCAAGAUUUAAUGGUCAAAUUGCCAACUAUGCUAUCAAAUUUGGUAGAACUGGAUUUGUGAGAAAUUAUGAUUCCUUAAAGAAAUAUUUGGUUAACAGAAUACCACACCCAGGAUAGGAAGAUAAAGCAUUAAAGACAUUGAAACAUUUAGAAGAAGAGAAGAACUAUAAGGGAGAUAGUCAAGAAGAGCUUGUAGUUGAAGUUCCCAAUGAUUUGACUAAGUUUGCAACUGAAUAUUCAGUGUCAGGAUGGUUGAGAUGGGAUCAACCACCUAUUGGAGCACCUUGGUUCAAUGUAUUCAGAUUGAGUUUAUACUCUACAGAAGCAAAUGCUGAAGGAAGAUUUGGUGACAGAGAUUUAUCCUUGUUCAAACAUGCUACCUACUAUCAUUUCUAAACCUAUAAUUAUUAACCAGGAUUACCAUGGAUUUAUGGAUUCGAUUUCCCACAUGAAGAUUAACAUACUCAAUGGCAUUUCUUCUAUACUGGUUACUCAAGAGAAAAGAGACAAAUCUAUCACUAUUUAUCAUUCUUAGAAGCAGAGGCUGACAAAUUAUUUGAUAAACAAACACAUCUUGUCGUCAACAAACACUACUUCUCAUAUGGUAAAGACUUCAAGAAGUUCUAUGCAAGUCACAGAGGAGUUACUGGUAUUAGUAAUCUUGUUAACAUUAAUUAUGCCAUUCUUAAUCAAAGAUGGAGAGGACAAACCUUGAUGCAUUUUAGUUUCAACAAAGGAAGAGACCUCUAUACUCCUAAAUUCCCAUAGAAGGAAUUCACUACUGAUAAGACCAAAUUAUUGGAAUGCAUCUUUGAUAAGGCUGAACCAAAUGUUCUUUUGAAGAUCGAGGAUUCUAAAGAUGUACCCACUAGAGGAUUAUAAGAAUAUGGAUGGUCCACUUGGUUAAGAUGGUCUAGAACUGGACCUAAAUCUAUGCCAUGGAGAAUCGUUUGGCAUAACAUUGCUAGAUUAACAAGUAAAAGAAACCAUGGAGAUUUAACAUAACAAGGAGAUAGAUUAUUGGCUGCAUGGUUGUUCACCAACUCAUAUUACUUCUCUCAUUCACCAAAAGGAGUUGGAGAAUAAGUUCAACAUAUCCCAUGGAAGAUCAUUGAUGGAGAAUGGAACUUCAUUUCCAUCUCAUACAAGAAAGGAGAAGUCAAGGCUUAUGUCUUCUAAAAGGGAGAAAUCUCAGAUUUCACAUGGAAAGCUAAACAUGACUUAGUUGGAGACUAUUUAGAAUUCAUUUCAGGAAAAGAAUUUGGAUACAACUUCUUCAAUGGAUAUAUGUGGGGAUUGUCAUUGAAAUUAGGUGAUGGAGCUCACUUCGCUGAUCAAGAUGCUGUUAAAACCUAUGUCACUGGAGCAAUGAAAUUACCAGAUGAAUUCAGAUUUGAUUAGACCAGAAAGACUCUACCAAUCAAGAAGGAGAAGACUAAGAUUGAAGCUACAGCUGAACCAGAUAUUAUCACAAUUGAACCUAAGGAUGCUAACGGAAAAGUUGAGUAUGCAAUCUCAGGAUGGGCUAAAUGGACUGAUAUUCCAAAUAUUGGACCAUGGCAUCUUGUCUACAGAGUCACAUGCUGGGGUAAAGAUCUUGUUGGUAACAUGGAUAAGCCAGGAGAUAGAACUCUGUCUAUGUGGAAGGGAUUAGGAUUCUACCAUCAAACUGUGUACACUGUUGAUUAAGUCAAUGGAGGAGCUUGGUCUAUCCCACAAAAUUUCGAUUACAAGGGUUCCUUACAUAAGACUUGGGUCUUUAUCUAUCAAGGUUAUUCAAGAGAGAAGUAAAAGGCUCACGGAUUCAUCAAAUUCCCAGAUUCAGAAGAACACAGAGAUUUCCCUUAAUGUUAACUAAUUCGUGCCCACUUACUUCACUGUCUUAUGGCAUAAGGAUUAAUGGCAUCCAGGAUUCAGUGGAUAAAUGGAAAAUUGACUGGUUAUGAUGACGGUGAAUCUGAAUUAUUGACAUUCGGAUUUGGAGGAAGACUUGUUGCUGAAUUGAAACCAUGGAAGGUUGAUGAUAUCUUUGAUUAAGCAUGGGGACCAGACUAGAAGGUUGGAAAGGAAGUUGAAAUGACUGAUGACUCUAUCAAUGGAGUUACUGAAUAUGGUUAUGGAUUCUGGUCAAGAUUCCUAUGGAAUGGACCAAGUAAAUUAGUUGAUAAACCUGCUUGGAUGGCCUUGUCUAGAUUCACAAUCAAUCAAAACUACUAAGGAGAUGCUGCAUAAUAAGGAGAUAGAACUCUUGCCAUUUGGGUUGGACAACCAUUCUAUCAUUUCACUACCUACACUCCAGGAAACAAUAAUGUUGUUUAGAAUGUUCAAUAUGGAUAAAUGUUGGAUGGAUAAUGGAAUUAUGUUUGGUUUGGCUACAAGAGAUUUGAUAAGACUGGUAAAGUGUAAGGACAUAUAGUGUUUAAUGGUGAAUAAGUCAGAUCAACUCAAUUCCCAGUGGUUACUCACAAUCCAAUUACUGAUUAUGCUUACUUUUCUGUUGGAUCAUCAGGUACAAAAUUACUUAAGAAUUAUCAUGCUUUCAAUGGACAAUUGGGAUUAGUCAGUUUGAUACUUGGAAAUGGUGGAUAUAUUGAAUCUGCUGAUGAGUUGAGAAAGAGUAUGCCAGGAAUGCCCAAGGUUCCAGAAUUGAAUGCAAUUAAGAAGACUGUAUUUGAAGACAUUCAAACAAUGAAGAGAGAAGAAGCCACUAUGAAACCAUAUGAAUAUGCUGAUGAAUUUGCAGGAUAAUAAGAAUAUGCAGUUUCAUUAUGGUUCAGAUGGAGUUCAAUUGGAAGAGUUGCUUGGGAGAAUGUUUACACAUUGUCAUAUCAUGAUUAAGCCUCAAGAGCAAACCAUGUCAGACCAGGAGAUAGAGUGUUGUCAGUGUUCCAAUACGUUGAUCACAGAAUCUUCUUCAGUACAUACACUACUCCAGAUAAUCAUGAUGCUUUCGCUUAAAUCUUCACUGAAGCUCCAGUACCAACUCUUGAUCAAACUGCUUGGGUUUAUGCUUAUUAUGCAUACAGCAGAAAGGCAUAAUCAGUUGUGCAUUUCAUGAAGACAAGAACCACAGAAAAUGAGAAGAAAUUAGGAUGCAUGCACAGAGUUCCUAAAUAUUUAGGAUUAUGGGCUGGUAAAGAUGGUAUUCACACACCUUACAAUGGUAAAUAUGCCCAUAUGUACCUAUAUGCUGGACCAGGAUCAUAUAGAGAGAAGGAUUACUUAUCAUAUGAACCAUAUAUUGCUGGUGCUCUUGGAAUUCAAGCUAAACCAUGGAAAUGGAGUGAGAAGAAGGAUUAAUUUGAUAUUGCUGACAAAUAAGAAAUUGAAUUAGAGGCUACUGCAAUUGAUGGUCAUUCAGCAUAUGCAAUUGGAGUUUGGUUGAGAUACUUGACUGCAAUUCCAAAGAGAAUUUUGGAGAAAUAAGCAAGAAUGUCAGUUUAUAGAUUCACUUAGAAUAAAAACAUGGAAGAUAGUGCUAAGGUAGGAGACAGAACAUUGGGAUUGUGGUUAACUUCUGGACAAUAUGGAUUCAGAACAUACAAUUUGGCUAAUAAUAAUCCAAACCUUUCUCAAGAUAUUAAUUAUGAUGAUAAGUUGGAAGGAGAAUGGAACUUUGUCUACUUCUGUUUCUCAAGUGCCAAGCAAUAAGCUCUAGGUUAUGUCAAAUUCUCAUCCACUGGAGAUAUCAGAAGAGUUUCAUUCCCAGAAAUCGCUCAUAAACCAAUUGAAGGAUAUGGUAAAUUGUAUUUGGGUGCCACAUUCACCUAUCAAGGAUUCAAUGGUCAAAUGGCCUAACUGCAAAUGUUGUUUGGUGCCUAAGGAUAUGUUGCAGAUACUGAUGCCUUGGAAGCAAUGAUUAAGGGUACAUUCACAGCACCUGAAUUAGAUGAGCCUGCAAUUCAAACUAUCAAAUUAUAAGAUGAAGAAAUUGUUAGAAAAGUUGAUGAAGCUGCAGUUGUUAAAGAGUGGCCAGAUUAAUACUAAGGAUCAUUGGAAUAUGCAAUUUAUGGAUGGUUCAGAUAUUCAAGUGCAACCUUGAAGAAAGAUAACAACGUAUUGUUGAGAUUGACCAAUAAUGAACCUGCCUACAGAAAAGAAGCUGCCACUGUUGGAGAUAGAACAUUGUUGAUUAUGUACUAACCAAGAGAAGUCGUAUUCUCAACCUACACUCUAGGAACUGUUGAUAGCGGAUUAGUUGCCAAUAUUAGAAAACCAACACCAGUUGGAAACAACUUCGGUGUUUGGACAUACGUCUGGUUCGGAUACAGUUGGCCAAAGAGAGCUGCUUCAGGAGUUGUCAAAUUCCCAACAGAAACUGCUGUUGUUCCUUAUGAAAAUGUCCUACAUAUGGUACCUAAAUACUUAGCUAUGUUUGUUGGUUCAGAUGGUAUGUUAGGAGGAUGGGAAGGUCCAAUUAGAAAGGUUGGAGCAGUCUUUGGAAAAGGAGCUUAUAUUGAUACCAAGAAAGGCAACUUCGAAUCCCUUUUACCAGAAGUCCAAAGUUUAGUUAUCAAGAAGACUCAAUGGAAACCAGAAAAGGAGGGUUUGGUCUAUGUUCCACAAGGCGAACAAUUUGAUAAACCAGGAUUUGAUGUCACAUUCAAGGAAGAAGUCGGUGGUGUAAGUGAAUAUGGUUAUGGAUUGUGGACAAGAUGGUUGAUGACUACUCCUUAAAGAGUUAAUGAUAAAUCACCAUUCCAUCAACUUGUUAGAUUGACAAAUACUGAAAAAUAUGAAGAUAAUGCCGAAUUUGGAAAUAGAAUCUUGGCUACUUGGGUCGGUAAAGGAUAUUAUCAUUUCACCACUUAUGACAAGAAGACAAGCAAGAUUUCAAUAGCUCAAAACAUUAACUAUGAUGAUUAUCUUGAAGGCCAUUGGAAUUAUGUUUAUUAUUCAUUCACUUCCAAAGAUCAACCAAGAGCUGUUGGUUUUGUACUCUUCGGAGAUUUACCUGAAAACCCUGUUGGAAGAAUUGAAUUCAUAGAUCUUCAACAUAUGCCUUUGAAUGGUUACGCAAGAGUUGUUGUUGCCAAUAAUGAAUUUGGAUACCCUGCCUUCAAUGGUAUGAUCUCAGAUUUCAGAGUCAAUUUCGGACAAGGAUUUGUUGGAUCCAAGGAAUAAUUCCUCAAAGACAUCAUCUAAGCUUAUCCAAAACCAAAUAUCAAAGUUCCAUAAAGAACCGAUGUCAAUGUUCUAAGAGAAUAAAAGAACUUUGAAAAGGAUGAUCCUAAUCCAAUUAAGAAUUAAUAUGAUCAAUAUUAAGGUGUCCUUGAAUAUGCAGUUUCUGGUUGGUUAUAAGCCAAGAAGGGAAGCAGUGAAGAAACUGUUAAAUCAAUAUUCAGAUUGACCAUCAACGCUCCAGGAUACUAGAAGGAUGCAACCAAUGCUGGUGAUAGAACCUUAGCUGGAUUCUAAUCUAAGGACUCAUUCAUUCUCUCCACUUAUGAUUAUGGAAAUCUUGAUACCAAUGAUGAUGAUCAAAACGAUUUAAAUACCAAAUUCUAGAUCAAAGAAAACUAAGGAGAGUGGGUUUAUCUCUACUUUGGAUAUUCCUCUAAGUUUAGAAAAGGAUUUGCAUAUGCCUUAUAUCUAAAUAGAGAAGAUAGUUUCUAAUUCAACGGACUUAAACACUUUGUUCCAAACAAAUUCUGGUUCUACUUAGGAGCAGAUGGCUUCAAUCAACCAUUCGAAGGAGCAAUGUUUAACUGGAAUCUUCAUAUUGGUGAUGGCUCAUUCAAUAUCAAACCUAAAUCAUAAAUUGAAUUAUGGCCAUAUGAACCAAAAGAACCAAUCGAUCAAGUACUCUCAGUACUUUUGGGCAACUAAGGAUUGAGCUCAAUUAAAUUAACAAGAAAUGUUCCAUAAUCUGGAACUGUAGAAAAAGUUGCUGGUCCUGCAUCAGGAAAAGUUGAAGUUGGAACUGGACCUAAAUCAGGUUAAGUAAGUUCCGCUGAUGGACCUAAAUCUGGUUAAGUUGACUCCGCUAAUAAACCUAAAUCAGGAUAAGUUGAUAAACUUGAGGGAGCUAAAUCAGGAGAAACUCAACCAGGUGCCAAACCAUAGUCAGGCGAUUAAGUAGUAAACAAAUGAGCUUGAUAUUACAUAUACACAAAAAUAAUAAAACAUUCAUCAUUAU